UCAGUGUCAUCAUUGUAAACCAGCAUGUAACCCACGCAUUGGGCUGAUAACUAUAUCCAAGACAAGGAUUCGUUCAUGAUCUCUUUCUCGGAGUAACAAGCCAAUGCGUGUAGAUGUUCAGCAGUCUUUUGUAGACAAAAACAAGUGUUCCUUCUAGUUCUUUGGGCAUCGGUGAAGGCACACAGCACUUUGACUGUGUGAGGAAUUACAUGCUGGAGCAUCUCGCAGGAUGAAAAAGAUCGAUUGCACAGCGGCAGACUCUCCAGGGACUGUGUGUGAUGGGUCCCCAGAGCACCUAGAAGCAGAGGAAGGAGCCGCUCCAGGCUUGGAGCUCUUCCAAGUGCGCAGACGUUCCAGUCGGAACCUGCAACUGCCCCCGUUGGUCUUCCGGCAAGCUGAGCAACAUGACUGGAACAGCAAAGAGACUGAGCCGAUCGCCCGUCCCACCACCCUGGCACUGCGCACGCCCCCACUCAUCGCCAUCACAUCUGCUGACGCCGGCAGCUUUGACGUGGACAAUGGCACGUCGUCAGGACGGAGUCCCCUGGAUCCCAUGACGAGUCCGGGUUCGGGCCUGAUCCUUCAGGCCAACUUUGUGCACAGCCAGCGGAGGGAAUCCUUCCUCUACCGCUCCGACAGCGACUAUGACCUGUCGCCGAAGUCGAUGUCCCGAAACUCCUCCAUCACCAGUGACAUGAAUAACCACCUGCCGAGACCGGGCCUGGUCUCUCGGAGAUCUGAGCCGGUUAUUAGUGGAAAUCAUGGAGAUGACCUCAUCGUUACACCGUUUGCACAGGUGCUGGCUAGUUUGAGGACGGUACGGAAUAACUUUGCAGCGUUAACCAACCUCCAGCAAGAUCGUGCAUCUAACAAGCGAUCCCCCAUGUAUAAUCAGCCUCCUCUCACAAAGGCCUCCUUCACAGAGGAGGCCUACCAGAAACUGGCCACCGAGACCCUGGAGGAGCUGGACUGGUGCCUGGACCAGCUGGAGACCCUGCAGACCCGACACUCCGUCAGCGAGAUGGCCUCCAACAAGUUCAAGCGGAUGUUGAACAGGGAGUUAACGCACCUGUCUGAGAUGAGCAGAUCUGGUAACCAGGUCUCCGAGUACAUCUCCAACACAUUUUUAGACAAACAGCACGAUGUGGAAAUGCCCUCCCCGCAGACGCAGAAGGAGAAGGAGAAGAAGAAAAAGCCCAUGUGUCAGAUCAGCGGGGUGAAAAAACUCAUGCACAGCACCAGCCUCACCAAUUCCAACAUCCCUCGCUUCGGGGUCAAGACGGAAACGGAAGACUCCUUAGCCAAGGAACUGGAGGACAUAAACAAAUGGGGCCUUAAUGUUUUUAAAGUCACAGAGUUUUCAGGCAACAGGCCUUUAACAGUGAUGAUGUACACUAUAUUUCAGGAAAGGGAUUUACUCAAAACAUUUAAAAUUCCCUUGGACACUUUCAUAACGUACCUGAUGACCUUAGAAGACCAUUAUCAUGCUGAUGUUGCGUAUCACAAUAACAUUCAUGCUGCUGACGUCACCCAGUCCACACACGUGCUGCUCUCCACGCCUGCUCUGGAGGCGGUUUUCACAGACCUUGAAAUUCUCUCUGCCAUUUUCGCCAGUGCUAUUCACGACGUAGACCACCCGGGUGUCUCCAACCAGUUCCUUAUUAACACCAACUCGGAGUUAGCCCUCAUGUACAAUGACUCGUCGGUGCUGGAAAACCAUCAUCUGGCAGUGGGCUUCAAACUCCUGCAGGAGGAGAACUGUGACAUCUUCCAGAACCUGACCAAAAAACAGAGACAAUCGCUGCUUGAAGCGUGUGUUGAUGUUCCUCAGGUGCUUCAGAACAUGGUUCACUGUGCAGAUCUCAGUAACCCUACCAAACCCCUGCAGCUGUACAGACAGUGGACGGACCGCAUCAUGGAGGAGUUCUUCAGUCAGGGCGACAGAGAGAGAGAGCGAGGGAUGGAGAUCAGCCCCAUGUGUGACAAACACAACGCCUCUGUAGAGAAGUCUCAGGUGGGCUUCAUUGACUACAUCGUGCACCCGCUGUGGGAGACGUGGGCCGACCUUGUACACCCGGACGCCCAGGACAUCCUGGACACGUUAGAGGACAACAGAGAGUGGUACCAGAGCACCAUCCCACAGAGCCCGUCGCCCGCUCCCGACCAGCCCGAGGAGGGCAGCCGCUCCGCCGGAGCAGACAAGUUCCAGUUUGAACUGACGCUGGAGGAGGACGGAGAAUCGGACACGGAGAAAGACAGCGGCAGCCAGGCAGAGGAGGAGGAGGAGGAGGAUGAAGAAGAGGAGGAGGACAACAGCUGUAGUGAUUCUAAAACUCUCAUCACACAGGACUCGGAAUCCACAGAGAUUCCAGAGGCGGAGGAGGGAAUUUCAGAGGAGGUUUCCACGGAACCCAGCAUGGUGGAGGAGGAGGAGGAAGAAGAGGAGGACGAUGAAGAAGACGAGGAGGAGCAGCCGGCAGACACGUAGCAGCGCGUCUGGACGGCCCAAACUCGCUGCCACGAUGGCAAAAAAUGCAAGUAUUUAAUAACAGACAAUGAAAUUGAGUUCCAAAGUGCACGUUGCACUCCGAGACCUCGGCCACUCCUCUCUCUUUCUCUUUUCCGUCUCUCUACGAGCUGCCUGGAGACGAGAGGACACUAAGACUUAGGUAGGUUGUCGUUUUAUUUGCACUCAGGAAUAAUAUUUAGUCCUCUGUUUUUUCAAUCUUGCUUUUGUUUGCCUUCGCCCUCCUCCUCCUCCUCCUCCUCUGUGAUUCUCUGUGGACGACAGUGAGGAAAUUUCCCGCACAAAGCAAUGGGAGGAAAGACGUCAGCGGGAUCGACGCAGGAACGCGUCUCCUUGGAUUUCAAAGAGACCUUAUUUUCUACGUUUUAAGUCUUCCUAAACUUUUGACUGAGAAAAAUGUCACAAAAGACAAAAAAACAAACAGCCCAGCGCUGUCAUGGCCUCUUCAAUGAUUUUGUACGGUAUACAUACAGAUUUUUACAUAGUUACUUUUUAAAUAACAAAACAGCAGCUCUUGUGUUUUUGAGGAAACUUUGCGCGAAGGGUAACUUGCAAGUACGCGACGUGGGUCGUGUGUUCGCCACCAUAUACACAUCAGAAGCUGUAUUUACGUUGUUUUUUACUUCGUCAAACACUUUACCUCUAGUGAGUCUCUUAAUACACCUACAGAUGCUUGAUGUGUGUUCAACUCAUUUCUGGGGGGGGUUCUGUCUUGUUUCGGAGCAGUUAGUUCAGCUACACUGCACU